AUGACGUCUACCAAGCCCGCCUCGGCUGCUAUGAUGAACGUCGACUCGGACUCGGACAGCGAUGACGAUGUCGUCUUUGUCUCGAGCUCGAGCCGCUCGCCCGCGCGCGUCAAGUCGCCUCCCUCUCCCACGCGCAGCAACGCCAGCGAGCGCGGCGUGAGCCAGGAACUGCAGACUGCACCCAAACGCCACGCCAAGUUCGGCGACACCAAGCUCGAGCGCGACACCAAGCGCCGCGACACCAAGCUCGACGACACCAAGCUCGGCGAUACGGCUGCGCCCGAGUCUCCAUCGAAGAAGGCUGCGCGCAGGGCGUGGACGGUGGAGGAGGACUCUGCUGUUCUCGACUUUGUUGUGUCUCAGAUCCAGGUGCGCCAGCUCCAAGACAUCGUGCCUCAGCGCGCGUAUACGUCAAUCGAACAUCGUUUCCGACUGCUCAUGCGCAACGCGCUGCGCGCCAGCCAUCCGGACACCGAGAUGCGCAAGUACGAAGCGCAGCCCUGA